ACAUAUAUAAACUCCAUUUUGGUAUCUUGUAAUUGCUCAAACGGAUUCAUCUAUCUAUAGCUAGUAAGCUUUGCUUUAAAAGAAAGUGUGCAGAGCAGACAUGGAAGUUGAAAUCAUUUCAAAAGAAACUGUCAAACCCUGUUCUUCAACACCUGAACACCAAAGAACUUACAAGCUCUCUCUUCUUGACCAGUUGGCUCCUCCAGUUUACAUUCCAAUCGUUCUUUUUUAUUCAACAACCGGAGAAAAUUCCUCCCAAAAAUUAUCUGAUCACCUGAAAACAUCAUUCUCAGGGGUAUUAACCCAUUUCUAUCCUUUGGCGGGACGAAUGAAAGAUGGAUUUUCCAUUGACUGUAAUGAUGAAGGUGCUCCAUAUGUUGAAGCUAAUGUAGCUGGAGACAUGUCUAUCGUUCUUCAAGAACCAGAGAUACAUCAGCUGCAAAAGCUAUUACCAUGCAAUCCAUAUGACAUAUCGUCCGAUAUCAGUUCCCAGGUAAUCCUAGCAGCUCAAGUGAACCAUUUUGAUUGUGGUGGAAUGGCAAUCAGUAUAUGCAUUUGGCAUGCAAUUGCUGAUGCAUCAGCUGCCGCUUCUUUUAUUACUAGCUGGGCUGCAAUGGCCUGUGGUGCUAGUGAUUUUCAAGGUGUGAAUGUGGAUUGCACCUCGCUUUUCCCUCCGCAAGACAUGCGGAGCUUCUCGUUGCGAAAUUUCGUAAAGGAGGAAUUAUCAAGUAAUAUCUUGGUGAAAAGAUUCUUGUUUGAUAGUUUAAAGUUAGCGGCUCUAAAAGAAAAAGUAGGCAGUGGCCCUUGUCUGGAUUGUCCAACUCGAGUUGAGGCCGUAGCAGCCCUCAUUUGGGGGGCCGUGAUGGCUGCAAGUACUGAAGAAGAAGAAGACGAAAGUACUAGAGAAAUAAAUGUUGCAACAAUUUCAGUAGGUUUGCGUAAAAGAUUGAUUCCACCACUACCACAACUAUCCAUAGGAAAUAUUUAUCAAGUGGCACUGGCAAAUUGUUCAAAGAAUGAGAAUAUGCUAGACUACAAUGGAUUAGCAGGAAAGCUUCAUGAGUCAAUAGGAAAGAUGGACAAUAACUUUGUCAGGAAGAUCCAUGCUGGUGGGGGGUACUUCCACUUUCUGAAGAAAAAGGCUGAAGAGCUUGGUAGAAGACCUAACCUGACGAGGGUUUUUGGUUUCAGUAGCUGGUGUAGAUUUCCAUUCUAUGAAGCUGAUUUUGGAUGGGGAAAGCCUACCUGGGUUGGCACUGCCAUGAAGCUAUACAAGGUUGCCAUUUUUAUAGACUCAAAAGAUGGCCAGGGAAUAGAAGCUUGGGUGUCAUUGCCUAAGGAAGACAUGGCAAAGUUCGAGCAGAAUCCUGACAUAUGUGCGUAUGCGUCUUUCAAGCCAAGCACAUAAGUAAUAGUGCAAUUUUCCUUUUCAAACCAGAGGAGGAGAAAUUAAUGAAAAAAGAUUCUAUAAUGCAUUAGGAAGCAGAUUCGAUGCAUUACUAUAUAUAUUCCAUGUCAAGUUAAUGUUCUCUUAAAAAUAAAAAAUACAGUGGCCUCUUACAGCAACACAUCCACAGUGUUAUCUGAGAGGACAAAACAUUCAAUGUUCGUAUUCCAAGCACUUAGGUGCUUCACCCUUCUUUUGUCUAUUAAAUCAAUGUGCGUUAUAUUAAUAAGGUUUAGCAAUUUCCUGAUGAUUAUUAUGCGGGAUUGUAUCUGCAGCAUUCUCAAAUAUAUCAUAUAUUUCUAUUGAAAUUAAAAUUUAUCAUUUCUAUUA